AUGCAUAAAAGCACAUCAGGUUCAUCCUUGGGGCCAGAUGGAUUGGACCUAACUCAAUCCUUCUUCAAGUCCAUCUUAAACGCGGCACCACCAUCUCCAACCAAACGCCACAACAAGAUCUCAGUUAUCGGCGCAGGUAACGUGGGAAUGGCUAUAGCUCAAACCAUUCUCACACAAGACCUCGUCGACGAACUCGUCCUUGUCGAUGCAAUUCCCGACAAGCUACGAGGUGAGAUGCUUGAUCUACAACAUGCAGCGGCUUUCCUCCCCCGCACUAAGAUCCAGGCCUCGACUGACUACUCAGUGACGAAGGGGUCCGACCUCUGCAUCGUCACUGCUGGGGCUCGUCAGAUUAAUGACGAGUCCAGAUUGAACUUGCUACAUAGGAAUGUUAAUCUGUUUAAGAAAAUUAUACCACCUUUGGCUCGUUAUUCUCCUCAUUGUGUUCUUCUAAUUGUUUCGAACCCCGUUGAUGUGCUCACUUACAUUGCUUGGAAACUCUCUGGUUUUCCCUCGAACCGUGUCAUUGGUUCCGGCACUAACUUGGAUUCCUCUCGCUUCCGCUUCCUCAUUGCUGAUCAUCUUGAUGUCAAUGCUCAAGAUGUACAGGCAUACAUAGUGGGAGAACAUGGUGACAGUUCAGUGGCACUAUGGUCUAGCAUUAGUGUUGGAGGAGUUCCAGUUCUAAGCUUUUUGGAGAAACAAGAAAUAGCAUAUGAGAAAGAAAUGCUAGAGAACAUACACAAAGAGGUUAUAAACGGCGCGUACGAAGUAAUCAGUUUAAAAGGGUACACUUCAUGGGCGAUAGGGUACUCGGUCGCGAACUUGGCUCGAACAAUAAUGAGGAAUCAAAGGAAGAUUCAUCCUGUUUCGGUUCUUGCAAAGGGGUUUUAUGGCAUUGAUGGUGGAGAAGUGUUUAUUAGUUUGCCGGCGCAGCUUGGUAGAGGAGGAGUAUUGGGUGUGACCAAUAUUCAUAUGACUGAAGAGGAGAUGAAGAGGCUUAAGGACUCUGCUACUACUAUUCUUGAACUGCAGAAUCAGUUGGGGAUUUGA